UUGAGAGGACAUAAUUAUUGAAGUGUCCAUUGGGAACAUAUUUCAGAUUAUAGUGUUUCUUUAUAUAGCAGCCUCAUUGGGAACUUGGGUAGAAAAUACUUGAGCGAUGUGAACCUCUGUACAUGUCUGUGUAUUUUCUAAUACAAUUUUUUACUUUGUAAUUUUCAUAUAGAACAAUCUCUUAAUAUGCAGAGUUCCAUGGCAUGGCAUUUUCUAAUCAGGUAGAGUCAGUGCAAAGUGAUGGUUUAGGAUUUUUCCCAGAGCUCUUCUGUAUCACAGAGUUUUCUAUUUUUAAUUUUAAUAGUCCUUUUAGGUAUAUCAAAUAGAUGGAAAAUUUCUCCUCAGGUUCAUUUUAUUUAGUCAUUAACAGAAUGAUUGUUAUGUUUUCUAAUGUUGGUUUAAGAGAUUUUAAAGCAAAAGUUAAGGUUUGUUAGUGUUUCUUAUGUUUUCAUUUCAAUUAGCUGUAGAAAUUCUUGCUGAUAUAAUACAAAACAGUACACUGGGAGAAGCAGAGAUUGAGCGUGAGCGUGGAGUAAUCCUUAGAGAGAUGCAAGAAGUUGAAACCAAUUUACAGGAAGUUGUUUUUGAUUAUCUACAUGCCACAGCUUAUCAAAACACUGCACUUGGACGGACAAUUUUGGGACCAACUGAGAAUAUCAAAUCUAUAAAUCGUAAGGACUUAGUGGAUUAUAUCACCACACAUUAUAAGGGACCAAGAAUAGUGCUUGCUGCUGCUGGAGGUGUUUCCCACGAUGAACUGCUUGAGUUAGCAAAAUUUCAUUUUGGUGACUCUUUGUGUUCACAUAAAGGAGAUAUACCAGCUCUGCCUCCCUGCAAAUUCACAGGAAGUGAGAUUCGUGUGAGGGAUGACAAGAUGCCUCUGGCACAUCUUGCAAUAGCUGUUGAAGCUGUUGGUUGGGCACAUCCAGAUACCAUCUGUCUCAUGGUUGCAAACACACUGAUUGGCAACUGGGAUCGCUCUUUUGGAGGGGGAAUGAAUUUAUCUAGCAAGCUGGCCCAGCUCACAUGUCAUGGCAAUCUCUGCCACAGCUUCCAGUCUUUCAACACUUCCUAUACAGACACAGGAUUAUGGGGACUCUAUAUGGUUUGUGAACCAGCCACAGUUGCAGACAUGCUACAUGUUGUUCAAAGAGAAUGGAUGCGACUCUGUACAAGCGUCACUGAGAGUGAAGUUGAACGAGCCAAAAAUCUUCUGAAAACAAACAUGUUGUUGCAGCUUGAUGGU